AUGCUUCAUAAAUUAAUGGUUUUAAAAGUUUCAAAAAGCAUCAAAAAAGAAUUUGAUAUUCAUCAGAUAAACUUUGUUGUGACCCAUUCAGCUACCAAGCAGAAAGUUGAUACAAGAGAAAAUUCAAUAAAAUCAGGAAACGAUUUUAUAGAAUUACAGUCGCAAAUGCCUAAAAACUGUAAGCUACUUGUAGACUCGAAUAUGAGAUUUGCAGACAUUUUCGAUUUGAAUUUCAAGUCGAGAAAAAUGUAA